ACAGUCAUGGAUGAUAUCAACCCAGCUGAUGAUCCCAACAACCAGGGAGAAGAUGAAUUUGAAGAAGCAGAGCAAGAGAGGGAAGAGAAUAUCCCUGAAGAGAAUAAGGAGCUAAAACCAAAUAACCAGAAACAAGCAAAUUCUGAAAUGGAAGACCAUUUGGUGGUGGUGGGCAAUCCAGAUCAGAAGGAAGACAAUCUGGAUGAGCAGUACCAGGAAGAGGGAGAAGAAGAG